AUGAUCCCAGGGUUGGACAAGUUGGAAUACCGCACACUCACCUUCACUCGAGAAGAACAUAAUGUGACUGAAAAAUCCGGGUUCUACCAGCCGGUGUCGCAAGUGAAUUACCCGCACCUGAAGAUCCCGUACACUCGUACAAUUGAGUACGUUCACUUGCCAAACCAGGAGUACGAUAGCGACAGUUUUAUUCCGAAAACGAGUGUCAUGUAUCACGAAACGUCUUCAGACCAUGGUGAGCCCUAUUACCCGGUACCGAAUCCCAGGAACAGGGAAUUGUAUGAAAAGUACCGGGCCAUGGCGGAAAAUGAGUCUGGGGUGGUUUUUGUGGGACGAUUGGCGUCCUACAAAUACUUUGACAUGGACGAUGCUGUGAGGAAUGCGCUUAACGUGUUUUACGAGUGGGCCAAGUCGCAGGAUGUGAUUGAUUGUGACCUGGAAAUGACACGACCCUUUAUGAACUCAGAAGUGGUGGCGAUCAAGGUGGAGGAUGUCAACCUGAAGUUCAAAUUGGAAGGCUACGUUACGAAUGCCAAUUACUCCAGCAAGAAGCUAACUUUUCUUCUCUUCAUCAACCAUCGCUUGGUUGAUUCCGUGGCAAUUCGGAAAGGAUUGGAAGAGAUCUACUCGACGUAUCUGCCCAAACAUUCGCAUCCGUUUAUGUACCUGAGCCUCGAACUGCCGCCGCAAAACGUGGACGUGAACGUUCAUCCCACGAAACACGAAGUUUUCUUUCUACAUCAAGACGCCUUAGUUGAGAAAAUCCAGCAGAUCGUCGACGGCCAUCUGGUCGCUCACAAGAGCUCCAGAACGUUUUACACUCAGGUACCAUUACUGGAACCGUCGCCGCACACAAAGAUUGUGGUGCAUAAGUGUGGAGAAGACGCUUUGCUUUGGAGGCCGGAAGAUGUCACUGCUCUCCGAAUGGAUUGGCGGAUUUGCGGACGUGCGAUCGGUCAGCAAACGGCUCAAAAGAAUUCUUCAAUGGAUGUAUCAUUGCCUGUGAAACUGCUCCCGGAACAAGUCAAGUUGCUUUUGGAAGAAAACGUCAUCGACUUGGUGUCUUAUAAUACUUCUGUGGGUACAUCAUCAUCACAAAGUGCCGAAACAACUGAUGCUUUGGUGGAAGAAUUCAAUGCCGUGAAGACUGAGGAGUACGUGAAGAAACGGAAACAAUGGCUGGUGAAUCACGGCGAAGAAAUUAUUCGAGAGAAGUUGAGCAAGAAACGCAAGACCGGAAGUUUGGAGGAUGCUCGGGAAUGGCUCGGAAAUGAGUUUGAGAAAAUGCCAGCGCAAAAGCAGAAGUUUAUUCCGAUUUUCUCCAGCGGGAACGACCCGGAAAUCGGUGUUGAAAUUGAGUCUUCGCCGUUUCCGCGAAAUCGCGCAGAAAAUUUGCGUUACGCAGUUUUUAAAGCGCUCUGGAAAAUGGGUUAUUAUUUGACGUCUGGCGAAAAAUUCGGCGGGGAUUUUCUAGUUUAUCCCGGUGAUCCCAUUAAAUUCCAUGCAUCUCACAUCGCGACUUACUUGCCGUUGGCCGGUAAGCCGAAUGAAGCUGAGAAAUCUGCAAAGCCGGAUACGCGAACUGAAGUUGAAAAGGAAUAUGCGCAUGACAUGGUUCGAACGGAUCCGAAGAUGCAGAAAAUUGUCAAAUUUUUUGCACCAACUGCCUCGAAUGAUCAAAUUUCGAAAGACACGAGUCUUGUUUCCGAUGCGAAACUGAGGAGAGAAAUCAAAUUGACGAGUGUUUUGGAGCUUCGUGUGGAGGUUGAAAAUGCUACGAGCCCCGAAUGUCUCAAGAUUUUUCAAGAAUCCAGUUUUGUUGGAUGUGCAUCUGCAAGACAUUUCCUGUUCCAGCAUUCGACUUGUCUGUAUUUGUGCAAUCUUCUCACUGUGAGUCGAGAAUUGUUCUACCAGAUCUUGCUGUACGAGUUCGGCAAUUUCGGGAGAAUUGAAUUGAAGCCUCCACCUCCGAUUGAGAAAUUGGCGAGAAUUGCUUGGGACUUGCCCGAAGUUGGCUGGAAGGAGGCCGAUGGACCCAAGGACGAAAUUUCAAAAUUUGUGGCCCAAAUGCUUGUCGAAAAGGCUUCGAUGCUGAGCGAUUACUUUUCCAUUGAAAUCAGUGAAACCGGGUGUUUGGUGUCCCUUCCGCUUCUUUUGAAGGAUUUCUGUCCGGAUGUGAACAAAUUGCCGCUGUUCCUGUCGAAAUUGGCCACGGAAGUGGACUGGGAUGAAGAGCAAGCUUGUUUCCACGGCUUGUCGGUUCAGCUGGCCAAGUUCUACGCGGACUUCGGUUCCAAGGCUGUGGUUCCUGAUAACGAAAAGGAGGAACGUGGGACCGUGAGCAAGCAGUUUUUGCGUACUGUGGAAAAUGUGUUGGUGCCGGCGUUCAAGAAGAUGUUGGCUCCUCCUGGCAAGUAUUUGCAUGACCGGACGUUGCUGAAGCUGGCCAACACCAAGGAACUCUACAAGGUUUUCGAACGUUGCUGAAAUGGAAGAGUGUCUAAUUACUAAGCUCUUGCAGCUUAUUGAAUACCUCAGUUUUUUGAGAAUAAGAAAAAAUAAGUUUUCCUUACGUUUCUAUAUACAUGAAGGUUUUUCUAUGGUGGCGAAGAAAAGAAAUGGCUGGAUUUGUGCUUUGUA